CCAAAAAAAAAAAAAAUAUAUAUAAAUAUAAAAUUCAAGAUUAAUUAAAAAAUAUUGGUCUUCAGAGAGAUAAAUAACUAGGGGAAAGAGAAAACAGUCUUCUCUUCUCCGAUCCCAAAAACGCAGGAAAACAAUGUCGUUUAACAGCUCCCACCUCCUUCCUCCACAAGAAGACCUUCCUCUCCGACACUUCACCGAUCAAUCACAGCAACCUCCGCCGCAGCGUCACUUCUCUGAAACACCUUCGCUUGUCACCGCCAGUUUCCUCAACCUCCCUACCACCCUUACCACUGCGGAUUCCGAUCUCGCUCCUCCGCACCGCAACGGAGACAAUUCCGUUGCUGAUACAAACCCACGCUGGCUCUCCUUUCAUUCGGAGAUGCAAAAUACUGGAGAAGUACGUUCUGAAGUUAUCGACGGAGUCAACGCCGAUGGUGAAACGAUACUCGGCGUUGUAGGAGGUGAAGAUUGGCGGAGUGCUAGCUAUAAGGCGGCGAUUUUAAGACAUCCGAUGUACGAGCAGCUUCUUGCGGCUCACGUGGCUUGCCUUAGGGUUGCGACUCCCGUUGACCAGAUUCCGAGGAUCGAUGCUCAGCUCAGUCAGUUGCAUACCGUCGCCGCGAAAUACUCCACUCUUGGUGUGGUUGUUGACAACAAGGAACUUGAUCAUUUCAUGUCACAUUAUGUUGUCUUGUUAUGUUCAUUUAAAGAACAACUCCAACACCACGUUUGUGUCCAUGCAAUGGAAGCCAUUACGGCUUGUUGGGAGAUUGAACAAUCACUGCAAUCCCUAACUGGAGUUUCUCCAAGUGAAAGUAAUGGUAAGACAAUGUCGGAUGAUGAAGAUGAUAAUCAAGUAGAGAGCGAGGUGAACAUGUUUGAUGGAAGUUUGGACGGUUCAGAUUGCUUGAUGGGGUUUGGUCCUCUUGUUCCAACCGAGAGAGAGAGAUCUUUGAUGGAACGUGUGAAGAAAGAACUGAAGCAUGAGCUUAAACAGGGUUUCAAAGAGAAGAUUGUGGACAUAAGAGAAGAGAUAAUGAGGAAGAGAAGGGCGGGAAAGUUGCCAGGAGAUACGACUUCUGUACUCAAAGAAUGGUGGCGAACUCACUCGAAAUGGCCAUACCCAACUGAGGAAGAUAAGGCAAAACUGGUUCAAGAAACCGGUUUGCAGUUGAAACAGAUCAACAAUUGGUUCAUCAACCAGAGGAAAAGAAACUGGAACAGCAACUCUUCCACGUCAUCUACUCUCACCAAGAACAAACGUAAACGGUAAAACAAGAUCCGUUCUCUUUUUCAAAUUGCGCAAUUUCAUUAAACCAACCCGGUCAAGAUCUUCUUUUGUAACCAAACUCAGGACCGGGAAGUCGUAGGUGACAUAGCGGCUAACUAGAGGAUGGUUCUUUGCCAUGUGAAUUCUUGGGAACCGUAUAUGAAAGAAACGAAUCCGGUUCUAUGCUCGUACAGAGUGUGUUAUUUGUAUAGUGGAUACCGGUUAGCCUAUGAAACCGGAUUCUGGAGUCCAAAUUGUUGUUUGUAACGACUUAGUAGUUUUUGGAAGUGAUCUGUUUCGUUGGUUUGCGUCUUGUAACGAACGCUUAAGCAAGUGUGGGUUUUUUCUUGUAAAGUGUCAAUAUGUUCGUUUGUAAUGAAUGUAUCAAGCAAUAUUUAUCAUAAUUAAACUAGCUUGAAAUGUAGUAUUACGAUGUUGUUGUGUUCG